AUGAGAGUCUUCAUCCUGCUUUGCCUGCUGGCGCUAGGCAAUGCCAAACCCUACCAGCCAAUAAACGUGAUGGACUUCAUGAAAAACUAUGACAUCAUGAUGGCUGACUCGGAUGAUGACGACGACGAUGAUGAUGAAGAUGACGAUUAUGACGAAGACGAGAACUGUCCAGCUGGUUGCCAUUGCUCGCCCAGAGUGGUGCAGUGCUCCGACCAGGGUCAGAUUGCUGUUCCUGAGAAGAUUCCUGAAGACACUGUGAUACUAGACCUCCAAAACAAUGAUAUCACUGAGAUCAAGGAGGACGACUUUAAAGGCCUCAACAAGCUUUAUGGCCUGUUUCUGAUCAACAACAAGAUCUCCAAGAUUCACCCCAAGGCAUUCAGAAACAUGGAACGUCUCAGACUGCUGUACCUCUCCUACAACCUGCUGACGGAGAUCCCUGCAAACCUGCCUCCCAAUGUCAUCGAGCUCCGCUUCCAUGAAAACAAGAUAAACAGAAUCCAGAAGGAUGCAUUUAAAGGCCUCAGGAAACUCCAUGUCCUGGAGCUGGGCGCCAACCCUCUGGCCAACAGUGGGAUUGAGCUGGGAGCUUUUAACGGCUUGUCGACCCUGUAUGUUGGUUUAGCAGAGGCCAAGCUAACUGCUGUACCGAAAGACCUCCCAUCCUCCAUGACAGACCUGAGCCUGGACUACAACAAGAUCUCUAAGGUGGAAAUAGAAGAUUUCAUCAGAUAUAAAAACCUGCAGAGACUAGGACUAGGUUUUAACCAGAUCAAGUUUGUAGAAAACGGCAGCUUUGCCAGCAUACCGAACAUCCGUGAGGUCCACCUGGAUAACAAUCGUCUGAAAAAGGUCCCACCGGGCCUCAGCUCCCUGCGCUACCUCCAGGUGAUUUUCCUCCACGGCAACAAAAUCAGCAGUGUGGGAGUCAACGACUUCUGUCCCAUCAGGCCCAGUGACAAGAAGAACCUGUAUACAGGCAUCAGUCUGUUUGCCAAUCCUCUUAAAUACUGGGAUGUCCAGCCGGCCACCUUUCGCUGUGUGACUGGACGGAGGGGCGUUCAGCUUGGAAACUUCAGAAAGUAG